ACACACACACACACACACACACACACACACGCUCAUACACACAAAGACACUUAUCCACAGAUUCAGAAUAGACACUUGUUCAGACACAUGAAGACACAUGGACACACAGCGAUAGAUGUAAAAUGGCAUCCAGCCUUGAAAGUUGGCUCACGCCUGUAACUUCAGCCCUGGAGAAUGCAGGAGCAGGAGUAUCAGGAAUUCACAGGUCACUUCUACCUAUAUAAUACUUUGGAGGCCAUCGUGAACUACAUGAGACCUUGUCUCAAUAACAGCAACCAACAAUUCAACAACAAAACAAUCUCUGUCUUCACCAGCAUUCAGAAGUUCUCAGCAUCACCGCAACACCCGGCCUGGGGGGUCAUAGGAGGGAGGAGACUCCCAUGGAAGACCACAAGCUUCUGGGGGUGGCCCAAAUCACGGGUAAUUGGAACGUGUCUUAAAGAUGGAGACAGUCCCCACCGCCCAGUUAACUGCCCUGUGUUGCAGGAUGGACCCCUUUGAGGAAAAGCUGCAGAGGCUGAGGGAUUCCUUCAACACAGGGAAGACAAAGUCAGCCAAGUUCAGGACUGAACAGCUACUGAGCCUGGGCCACUUCCUGCAGGACAACAAGAAGCAGCUGCAUGAUGCCCUGACUGGAGACCUGGGCAAGUCAGCCUUCGAGUCAGACAUGAGUGAGAUCAUCCUGUGCCAGAAUGAGGUGGACCUGGCCCUCAAGAACCUGCAGACCUGGAUGAAGGAUGAGUCUGUGUCCACCAACUUGCUCACGAAACUGAGCUCAGCCUUCAUCCGGAAGGAGCCCUUUGGCCUGGUGCUUAUCGUGGCACCCUGGAAUUAUCCUUUGAACUUGAUGAUCAUGCCCCUAGUGGGGGCCAUUGCUGCAGGGAACUGCGUGGUACUGAAGCCCUCGGAGAUAAGCAAGAACACAGAGAAGGCGCUGGCCGAGCUGCUGCCCCAGUAUCUGGACCAGAGCUGCUUUGCUGUGGUGCUGGGUGGGCCCGAGGAGACCGGGCAGCUGCUGAAACAUAAAUUUGACUAUAUCUUCUUCACGGGAAGCUCUCGGGUAGGCAAGAUCGUGAUGGCCGCUGCUGCCAAACACCUGACGCCCAUCACCCUGGAGCUGGGGGGUAAGAACCCCUGCUAUGUGGAUGACGACUGUGACCCUCAGACCGUGGCCAACCGUGUGGCCUGGUUCCGCUGCUUCAAUGCUGGCCAGACCUGUGUGGCCCCCGAUUACAUCCUGUGUAGCCAGGAGAUGCAGGAGCGGCUGGUGCCGGCCCUGCAGAAUGCCAUCACACGUUUCUAUGGAGACAACCCACAGACCUCCCCCAACCUGGGCAGAAUCAUCAACCAGAAACAUUUCAAGCGUCUCCAGGGACUGCUGGGCUGUGGCCGCGUGGCCAUCGGUGGCCAGAGUGAUGAGGGAGAACGCUACAUUGCACCAACAGUCUUAGUGGACGUGCAGGAGACGGAGCCUGUGAUGCAGGAGGAGAUCUUCGGGCCCAUCCUGCCCCUGGUGACUGUGAGGAGCCUGGAUGACGCCAUUGACUUCAUCAACAGGCGGGAGAAGCCGCUGGCGCUGUAUGCCUAUUCCAACAGUUGCCAGGUGAUUAAACAGGUCCUGGCGCGGACCAGCAGCGGGGGCUUCUGCGGGAACGAUGGCUUCAUGCACAUGACCCUGUCCAGCCUUCCUUUUGGAGGAGUGGGAUCAAGCGGGAUGGGCAGGUACCACGGCAAGUUCUCCUUCGACACCUUUUCCAACCAGCGAGCCUGUCUGCUGCGCAGCCCCGGGAUGGAAAAGCUUAAUGACCUCCGAUACCCUCCUUACAGUCCCCGUAACCAGCAGUUGCUGAAAUGGGCCCUGGGCUCCCAGAGCUGCACCCUUCUAUGAGCACCACCCUGACUCUCCCCUGCUGCCCAGCCCCUGACCUACCUGAGCUUUCAGCUGCUCCCACAUCCCCAGUGGUUCCCGAAAGGCAGGUGUCUGCCUGUGAACACCCCACUUCUGGAACUUUUUCUGAACAGACCUGCAGCCAAGCAGGACCUCCAGGUGGCUGGUCCAAUCCCUUCCCAGAGCACAGCCCCCUCAGCAGCCUCCUGACCCUCUGUUUAGACAGGUCCGCUGACAGAGAAGCCCCCUCCCCAAGGCUGGGCAGAUCUGGUGACUGAGGAGGACUUCCUUUGUCAGAUCAUAGACAGGGUCCCAAAAGACAGAGCAGUGGCUCACAGCUCCAUCCACACCCGGAGGGUGGCUUUGUCCCAUCUGAAGUGACAUGAUCUUGAACCCAGGUCAGAUUAAUUGGUGAAUCUGUCUGAA